CUCCCAGCUCAGGGGCGCCCUUGGGGUCAGCAGAGCGGAGACCUCCCAGUGCCACUGGAGCAUUCAGCUCACCGUUUUGGAAAGGCUGGGCCCGGCCUCCCUUAGCAAAGGACAGACCAUGUUACCAGACAGGUGAGGGGCAGGUAGGGGGCGUGCCCCCUCGCCGCAGAGGUCUAUCUUUCCCAGCCAGUGCUGGGGCUGUGUAGUGGCCAGUGUGAUCGCCAUUAUGGUCUGUCGCCAGGCAGUGGACCUCAAGUAACCCUGAGUGGCCCAGAUCUUUCAGGGGUUCCUGGCUGGAGAAGGCCCAGGUUCUUGGCGUUUGCUCCCAGGGGAGCAGCACCUGGGGCUCAUUUUUGAAUGGAAGGGGAUUUGAGAGCUGGGGGUCCUGGUACCCUGGACUCUGUUUCCCAAAGAAGACCCUGGCGCCCGGGGUGCUGCUUCAUGCUCUCCCUCUGUUUGCUGCCUGGAGAUGUAGGCGCCUCCACAGCUGCCCACAUGCCCCUGGGGUGCCACCUGUGCAAUGGCUGUGCAGUACCUACCACAGGAACACUGUAGGCCUGACAGAUGUCAGGGGGGCUGGCCUUCCAGUCCCAAUGCUGCUGCUGGUCCUGGAUCAUAAUAAAACUCCCUUCUGCAGGAGUCCUUUCGGUUUUUUUUCUAGUGGACUCUGUGUCUGCCAGAUUUUUGUCCCACAAAAAAUUUGUAUUUAUGUCUCCCCCUUUUAUUAAGCAGACAGCACCUGCUCAGGGUGGGUGACCAGGUAAGCUCCCCUGGUGCAGCAGUCGGCUCUCAAUCUUUGGGAAAUGUGUUUCCUUCAGGCUCUUUGAGGUCAGGGGAAGCAUCAUCCAUUGGCCCUCAGGAUCCUAGUGACAGAUCACUAAGGGUUCAGGGCUAAUGGGGAGGAGGGACCUCUGGCCACAUGGUUUCUUCCAUCAGCCCCCACCCUGGCCAUGAAUUACAGGUGCCGCCCAGUAGGGACCCACAGCUCCUGGAGGAUGGUGCGGAUCUUGGCCAAUGGGGAAAUUGUUCAGGAUGAUGACCCCCGAGUGAGGACCACUACCUCGCAGAGAGGUAGCUCUCCUCGGCAGGGCUUUCUCAACAGGGGCCAUGGUGUCCCCCCUGGGGGGACCGGCCCCCGCCCACAGCAGGCAGGUGCCAGGCUGGGGGCUGCCCAGUCUCCCUUCAAUGACCUCAACCGGCAGCUGGUAAACAUGGGCUUCCCCCAGUGGCAUCUGGGCAACCAUGCGGUGGAGCCGGUGACCUCCAUCUUGCUGCUUUUCCUGCUCAUGAUGCUUGGUGUUCGUGGCCUCUUGCUGGUGGGCCUCGUGUACCUGGUGUCCCACCUGAGCCAGCGGUGACCUCGAGGGCUGACGGGGGUUGGUGUGUCGAGAGGGACUUGCUGGGCCUUGGUGUUGGAGCAGGCAUGUGGGGAGGGGACCAUGAAUUUGGAUUGCAGGUAUGGUGAGAGGGACCAUGGGUUAAGCCGGAGGCAGAGGGAGGCUCUAGUCUAGCAUCCCCAAGCCUAGGGUGGGCACCCUGGUUGUCUUGAGAUGUUCAGGUGGUCUAGGGCCUCCAUUAAGUGACACAAAACCAGAACCAGGCGUUCUCUUUCCAAUUCUCUUUGAUCCUUUUAUGCCAAGAAGAAGUCUUAACUUGGUGCCAACGUGUUGGAUGCCUCCAGGACACGAGCUGCCUUCUCCGUUACCGGGGAGCAGUACUGGGUCUAGGGCAGGUGGGAGAAGUUUCCAGACUUUUAUAACACUGUUUUGUUUUAAUGGUGUAUUUUUAUUGGCUACCUUUUAUUUCCGAUGAGGGGUACCGGCAUUCUAUUUAUUGUGACAUUUUCAAUAAAUAGAUUUAAGUAAAAA